AAGCAGAAGAUUUUCUUCGAGGGGGAGUGUGACGCGAGCGAAUUUUUUUUUGAUGAAAGUGCUGACUGUUCUUUUCGUUCCGGCACUAAGACUAAGCUUUGCAUGACUGCACGUACGAUAAAGCCGUGAAGUCGGUGAAAAAACAACAAAAUGCCCUCCUCGUCCUCCUCCUCGUCCUCCAGGAGCACCUCCUCGUUCGCGGAGUCCCUCCCCGCAAGGAUGUGCUACUCGGCGGUCUCCGGCAUGGGGGCCGCGUGUUUUUGCCACCCCUUCGACGUGUUACGGGUUCAGAUGCAGGUCGGGACGGUUUCCAGGAGCUUUGUUGGCACGGCGAAACACAUUGUGGCGGAGGCUGGUAUACUACCUGAUUUAGAUUUACAAUUACACAAGGUCAAGAAUCAUUCUACCUCUUGAUCUGGCCUGGUCGAUAGACAAGCGCAAACAAAAUCGGCUCCUUCAUCAGCUUUUUUGAUGCAAAAAUGAAGAUGAAAACAAAGACAAACUUCACGCCGCAUGCGUCGUGCUUCAGCAUCGCACAUGAAAACGAAUCACUUCCCAGGUGUGCCCGGUCUUUACAACGGGCUUUCUGCGGCUUUUCUCCGCCAGUGGAUGUACGGCUCCGGUCGGAUGGGCAUCUACUCCUACCUAUGCAAGAAAAAACAAAAAGUUGUGUAUAUUGUAACUCUGUAAAAAUGCAGAACAUACAACAGAGUUACCCCUGUGGUCAUGCCAGACAGCCAUGAAGUCCUCUUUUCGUGUGUGUUUUCCUUUACAAGCGACGCAUGACAGAUUUUCUCUGUCAUGUAGAGCAAAUGUGCCAUGCUGUCAGCCAAAGAAGGCUACACUAACACAGUUUUUUUCUUGGUGGAUACUACCUACUUUCCGACUACAAGGCGAAAAAUGGGCCCAAAUCCUCCCCGACGUUUCUGGAGAAGAUCGCGUUUGGCGCGACCUCCGGCGGUAUUGGGGCUUUUUUUGGCACACCGUCCGAGGUCGCGAUUGUGAGAAUGGCCGCGGACUCGCAGCUAUGACUGCAAAAGUAUCGUAUUCGUAUAAAUGCAUAUACAAAUUUCCUCAGAAUGAGAAAUAAAAUUUGUAAUGCGAAUUUACCUUAAGAAAAAGAUUUGUAAAUGCAAGAUUGCAAUACGAGCACGAUACUUUUGCACAGGAUAGCAGCUGCCAGCGGCGGAAAGGCGGAACUACAGGAACAUCGUGGAUUGCCUUAUCAAAUGUAAAAAUGUCUGGGUCUGGAAACUUGUGAUGCUGGGUGGCGUCUCAUGAUGAGGCCACAGAUGCUGGCUCAGCAUGACAAGUUUCUGAGCUUCUAGGUGUUGCCUAAUCUGCAUGACAAACUGCGUUCCUGCAUCGCAGAAAAGUGGAGCUCUUGGGUAACGUGCAUGACAGAUCUAAGAGUCAUGCCAGACAAGCAUGACAAACAUGCAUUCUUCCAGACCCAGACACUUUUACAUUUGAUAUGCCUGUCGCAAAUCGCAAAGAAAGAGGGACUGGGUAGCAGUGGGCUGUACAAGGGAGCGACCAUCUAUCCAGGAAAAAACACGCAUCCCCAUCCAAUUUGUCAUGCAAAACAUGCACAAAAUCCACUAUUUGUCAUGCAAAAAAUGGAUGGGGAUGGGUGUUUUUUGCUGGAUACCAUCACCGUGAUCCGGGCCAUGGCGCUGGCCAGUACACAACUGGCGACCUACUCGGAGACGAAGGUAGAGGCGGUGUUUGUCGUCGUUUCAGCUGGUGCUAGAUAGACGAGAGAACGAGAAGAUGCUUUCUUGAGAAAAAAUUCUAUUGCUGACUAUUGAAGCUGAACAGACUACAACAUGUUUGUCGCACUCGUCCUCAAGAACACUCCAUGGAUCAAUGAUCAUCAAAACAAGGUCUACCUGACGCAGAAUUACCCGGACACCUUCACGGACGGCGGGAUUGCGACCUUACUAACCUGCUCGUUAGCGGGUUCGCUGAUCUCUAACACAGCCUCGAUGCCCUUCGACGUGGUAAAGUCGCGCAUCCAGAACAUGCCCACGCCGAAACCCGGAGAAGCACCGCUGUACGCCGGCGUGGUCUAUCAAAUGCAAACAUGUCUGGGUCUGGAAACUUGUGAUGCCAAAUUGUGGAUGACUGAAACGCUUUCGAAUGCCGCCAAGCAUGACAAGUUCCUGCAACGCACUGUUUCAUACGUAGCGCGCAUGACUACAAACUGCGUAUCUGCGUGACAAAGAACGCUGCCCGUUUGUUGGUCAUGCAAUACAGAUUUUCUUUGAAUGUAAGACCAGCAUGACAAGUUCACUUUUUCCAGACCCAGACACAUUUGCAAUGCAUAUGGUCGACUGCGCGACAAAGUCCGUCGCGAAGGACGGGCCGUUGGUUUUGUGGCGAGGUUUUUUCCCCGCAUUUGUGAAACUUGCACCCUACACCGUAAUCAGCUUGAGUCUGCUGGAAAAAAUCACGUUCUUGGCAACGGGCAAAGCGGCGCUGUGACGAAAAAGUGCUUGGGCGACGACAACAUAAAGCGGGGUCAUCAAGCGCGAGCUCGAGAAAGUAGAAGUGGCUGAUGUUCCUGCGAGGGUCGUGUUAAAAAAGUUGUU